AAACAAAUGCCAAGAUGGUCAUAGCAUAGCACACUAGCGAAGCGUGUUUCACGUCUCUGCAAGCAACAAAACAAGACGUCCCAUGGAGAAGCAAAGGGUGGCCAUCGUCGGCGCCGGCAUGAGCGGCCUCACGGCAUGCAAGCACGUGCUUGAGCGCGGCUUCCGGCCCGUCGUGUUCGAGGCCGAGGCGGACGCCGUCGGCGGCGUGUGGGCGCACACGCUCGCCUCGACGCGCCUGCAGACCCCACGGUCACAGUACGAGUUCACGGACUUCCCGUGGCCGCCGGAGGUGCCGGAAUUGUACCCGAGCCACGACCAGGUCAUGGAGUACUUGUGCUCCUACGCGCGCCACUUCGGCGUGCUAGAGUGCGUCAGGUACGGCAGUCGGGUCACCGCUCUGGAGUACUCCGGCGCCGCCGACGAGGAGGAGAUGAUGGCGUGGGAGCAGUGGGCCGGCAACGGCGAGGCGUUCGGCAGCGGUCGGGGCGAGUGGCGGAUCACCGUGCAGCACGGAGACGACGUCGAGACACACGUGGCCGACUUCGUGGUGCUAUGCGUUGGACGGUACAGCGGCAUCCCCAACAUUCCAACUUUCCCACCGGAGAAAGGGCCAGAGGCCUUUAAUGGCACGGUGAUCCACUCCAUGGAUUACUCCAACAUGGAUGAUGCAAAAGCCACUGAGCUCAUCAAAGGCAAGCUCGUCACCGUCGUCGGCUAUCAAAAGUCUGCUCUCGACAUCGCCACAGAGUGCGCAAAUGUGAAUGGUCCGACACAUCCUUGUACAAUGAUUGUUCGGACAAAGAGAUGGAUCAUCCCUGACUUAUAUGCUUGGGGUGUCCCGGUUCCUUUCUUGUGCUUCAAUCGCUUGUCCGAACUACUAGUUCACAAGCCAGGAGAGGGGCUGCUCCUUAGCCUGCUGGCUACCUUCUUGUCACCCCUGAGAUGGAUACUCUCAAAGUUUGUGGAGAGCUACUACAUGUGGGCGGUGCCCAUGAGGAAGCAUGGCAUGGUGCCGGAACACAGCUUCUUUCAAGCUCUCAGCUCAUGGCUGAUUGCAAUAAUGCCAGACAAAUUCUACGACAAGGUGGAGCAGGGAAGCAUUAUCCUCAAGAAAGCAAACAAAUUUAGCUUCUGCACAGAAGGUGUCAUCGUACCAGGCGAGCCCGCACCGAUCAAGAGCGAUGUCGUGAUCUUUGCGACCGGGUACAAUGGGGAUCAGAAGCUCAGAGAGCUGUUUGCCUCACCUCUCUUCAGAGAGAUCGUUGUUGGCACGCCAGUUACUGCGGUCCCUCUCUACAGGCUAUGCGUCCACCCCAGGAUUCCUCAGCUAGCAAUCGUUGGCUACUCCGAGAGCAUGGGAGAUCUACACACCUCGGAGAUACGGUCCAAAUGGCUGGCGCAUUUCCUUGAUGGGGGAUUUAGUUUGCCUGCCAUAAGAUCGAUGGAGGAAAAUGUGAAGGAGUGGGACGCAUACAUGAAACGCUACUUGGGCGACUACUUCCGUCGAUCUUGCGUCGGUUCUAUCGGUAUCUGGCACAACGACCAGCUGUGCAAGGACAUGGGGUGGGAGCCUAGGAGGAAGAAGGGCUUUCUGGCUGACUGGUUGAUUCCCUAUGAACCUGCAGAUUACGCAAGUGUCAAUCCGAGGAACUAGAAUAAUAAUAUGAUGUUAAUAUUGUUAUCAUGGAAGCAGCCCAGCCAAUAAAUAAGUUAUUUUUAUUCACAAACUGUUUCUAAUCUUCAUUGUCGACGUAAAAACGACAACAUAUUGUUAUCGUGGAAGCAGCCCAGCCAAUAAAUAAAAUCGUUCUUAUCCA